CACGCACACUUCACGUCUGGCCCCAAUUCUCAGCGCCCCCAAACGUCAUCCAGUAUGGCUCACCUGGGGCGCGUUAUGCGACGGCUUGAGUCCUUUCGAAAGCUCGAUACCAUCCAUACUGACUCCUCGUCUACCACGACAGAAGCGCCACAGGUAAAUCUCCCACAUGUGGACACACAGCUGAACAUGCACCAAUGCAAUGGCUUUUUCGAAGAUGAGGCUGGGGACGGGCUUGGGCUGAUGGCGGAUGGAAACGGCAUUGAUACUAGUCUUACAGACUCCAACAAUUCCCCGUCCCAACCCUCCAAUUCAUCCGAAAGCCCAAACAUAAACACUGGCGAAGGUCCCACAGAAUGGUCUGCCGUCGGCCAUGCCGCAACUGGCAAAUCCGGACGUGUCAUCCAUAACCUACAAGAAGAAAUCGCGCGCCUCACACGCGAAUGCAGUUUGUACCGAUCGCGCGCCGAAGAAACACAGCGCUCGAACGAAGCCUUGAAGAUACAAGCACAGAACAUGAACGAGCGGCUUCGGAAUCUAGAACAGGUCAACGAGACCAACUUAAACUCCAUCGCUCGGAAAGACCGGAAAAUUGAAGAACUUCGCGCCGAGCACGCGGGCGAACGGAGUAAACGCCAAGAUGCGGAAGCGAAUGCUAGCAGGACGAACGACACUAUGCGUGAAGAACGCGAAAAUCAUCAUCGGGAGCAGGCGCAUACACAGGAAAUUGCCAAAUACCAUGAGACACAGUAUGAGGUCUUAUCUAGUACGACGAAGCGCGAGAAAGCAGAGCUGGGUCGUCGGGUAAAGGCACUGUGGACAGAGUUACAGGCGAUGGCGGAAGCACAGAAGACGCAGGUGGUGUGUGCGGAGCGGCUGGAUGUCAUCGCCGAGCAAAAGAAUAGGGAGGUCGAGGGGUUAAAGGAAGCUCAUGAGAAGCUUCUGGAGAAUCAUGCAGAGUACAAGAAGACGAAGGAUGAGGAGCUUCGGGGAACUAUUGAGCGGGCUCAUGCCAAUAAUGCUAUGAUCGAUGCUGCCAUUGUGUCCCUGAAGGAGACAGAAGCAGAGAUGAAGUGGGCUAUCCAGUUGAACAAGAACCAGGUUCAAAAAUAA